UGUGAGUGUGGGCUCCCAUGUGAACACAAGCGCCUAGUUGCGCAUGUGCGCUAUAUUGGUACAUAUGUACUGAAGUGACAUUUCGAACAGUCCAGUGUGCACAUGCCAGGUACUGGAUCAGUUGAGGACACUGGCUUUGUGUGGAGUGCAGGGUCCACAUCUGUGGAAAUGCGCUGCGGCAAAAAAAAAAAAAAAAACAUUUUGUCGUUGCAGUAGAAAAAAGUCUGCAGCGGCUCCAACUUGAGGCUGACUGUCAGACAUGAUGCGCAGGAACAUUUAAACGAUUUCACCGAGCGUACAGCGGGAGCUGUUUUUGGACUCAAACGGUCGUUUAAACAGUCCAGUGAUGAAGGUAGAUGACCUGCUCUCGCCAAAUAACGCGCUGCUGUGCCGCACCCUCGCCUGUACCCUUGGCUUUUGGCUGUGACUCAAAGCUGUGGAGUUGACAGAAGGUAAUCCCCACCAUGUGAGGCCUCGGCCCCAGUUUGGAGGCGGGGUGUGAUUCAUUCAAAUCUGCCGGUGCUUUAUAAAGAGGGGAAGUUGCAAGUAACCCAACUUCAAACCCACAAGACCGUGGCACGGCACAAGGACAAUUCGGGUUGGGUAUUAUUAUUAUUUUUUUACAAGUGAUAAUGAAUACUAUCAAAGCUAUUAAAAAUGCUAUAGUCUGCCUCGCCUUGCUGCCCCGUUUUCUGAUGGCAGCAGUCAUGUUCUGGCUGCUUGACUUCUUAUGCAUAAGGAAAAGGGUUUUCUUCAGGAUGAAGGAGCAGGAGGACGAUGCCAUCGAUCCUCCCCUGUGCAUAUCCGACUCCAAUCGUCUCUUCAGCCUGGAGUCCCUCAAGGCAGUGUGGCACGGUCACAAACUGGACUUUCUGAAAGCAGCGCACCUCGGACACGGAGCUCCCAACACCGAAGUUGUUCAGCUGGAGGAUCAGAGGCGCAGCCGCAUCCUCGAUUACGCAAAGGACAAGAGACCGCUCAUCCUCAACUUUGGCAGCUGCACCUGACCACCGUUCAUGGCGCGUCUCAAGGCUUUCCAGGGAGUCGUGCAGCAGAACGCAGAUAUAGCAGACUCUGUAGUUGUGUAUAUCGAGGAAGCGCACCCCUCCGACGGCUGGAUGAGCACCGACGCGCCCUAUCAGAUUCCCAAACACCGGUGCCUGGAGGACCGGCUGAACGCCGCGCAGCUGAUGCGCCUGGAGGUGCCCGGCUGCCUGGUGGUGGUCGACAGCAUGGAGAACUCCUCCAACGCCGCGUACGGAGCAUAUUUCGACAGACUUUAUAUACUGCAGGAGGGGAAGAUAGUUUACCAGGGCGGCAGAGGACCCGAGGGGUAUCGGAUCACGGAGCUCAGAGACUGGCUGGAUCAAUACAGAGAAAGGCUGGAAAAAUCCAGUAAUCUAGUUAUUCACGUGUAGAUCGAUUCUCAUCUUCUUCUUCUUCUUUUUUUUUCUUUAGAGCUGCUACGUCGAGAAAACAAAAAAAAAAUGCUGCAGAUUUUCCCUUUUUUCAGUAUUAUAACUCCAACUAGAUAGAUCUUACUCCAUCAAUAAUUGUUUAAGUGUAUUUAUUUUUGAUAUGGUUGGAUCACAGUAAUCGUAGGAUGUAAUCCAGUUAGGCUCCUUCGCGUCAUAUCGGACUUCUGUACCAUCCUGUCACACCCGCCCCGCAGACAGGUUAGUCUAGACCCUGUGAACAAAAACUAUGUUAUGUGUCAAAAGUUUGUCUUUUUAUUCCUUCAAAUUUUUUUUGUCUCCCUUGUCUCUUCUGUGUAAAUGCGCCUGUGAAUGACUCGGUCGGGAUGUUGAGAUGUGCGCAUCACUGUGUUCGUCAGUAUUGUUGUGAAGUUCGGUUUUUAAACGGUCUGAAUCCAGAGAACCGACACUGAUGUUUUUUAUACUGGAGAUCAUGGUGAAGGUGCUGCUGUCUGCCCUGCAUGGCGCAACUGUUUUUUGUAAAUAUUGUUCCGUUUUAUGGAUAUAUUUUUCAUACAAUAAAAGAAAAAAAAUCAUUUGA